AUGAAAAGUCUUCCUAGGAAGGCAUCGAAUAUCGAUUCACGAAUCCUCAUCGGAGAUGCGCCCCUGGAUGCUGAACCGAUCGCACCGGCAUCAGUGACGACCCUUCCACAACUAUUUCAACACAAGGCAAGGAUACAGCCCGAAAGCAUUGCCUACUCCGUCCAGACCGACAAUGGACUACAUACCAUCACAUACGCCGAAGCAGACGCCAGGGCAUCAUCGCUAGCCACCCGCAUUGCAGCUCUUUCUCAACGUGCCGAUGACACAAAAGCACCAACAGUGGCCAUUUGGUUAGAAAAGGGAUUCGACCUGAUUCUCGCUAUCCUUGCUACAACAUAUUCCGGCGCCACAUGGCUUCCGCUGGAUCCAGAUGUCCCCGCCGAGCGUGCUGCUAUCUGCUGCGUCGACGCUUCAGUCUCUUUAAUCAUCAGUGACGCCGCUCACGCCGACCAAGUCCGGGAAGUACAAGAACGAGUCGCAUCAUCAUCCAACACCAGUCUUCAAUGUCGCACUAUUUCUCAAUUGACUACAGAGGCAUCAUCACAUCAAUCUGCAGCUCCUGGUCCUCGACCACAAGAUGCUGCUUACCUCAUCUACACUUCAGGCACUACCGGAAUGCCCAAGGGCAUUGCUAUCCCACACUCUGCUGCUUUGAUGUUUUCUCUCAGUGAGCGGGAAGUCCUGGAGACAAGUCCAAACGACAUCGUUUGGAAUGGCUUCAGCCCGGCUUUCGAUAUGUUUGUCGAAGAGAUGUGGGUCACCAUUGCUGGAGGUGGUCACCUCGCUAUUGGUACCCGUGCAGAAUGCAGAGAUGUACCUGCUCUGCCCAUGGUCUGGGCAAGGCGCGGUGUCACCGUUGUCAAUGCAGUACCAACUCUCAUUGGCAUCAUGAACAUCGCACGAUCCGAUGAUGGAGACUCUCUUCUGCCGUCGUCUGUCCGUCUCAUCAACCUCGGCGGCGAAGCUUGCCCACCUGCACUGGUGAAAAGUCUCGCAAAGCCUGGCCUUCGCAUCAUCAACACAUAUGGUCCAACCGAAACCACUGUCACUGCCACUUGGGACGAACUACAACCUGAUGUGCCCGUCACAAUCGGCAAGCCGUUACCCGGAUAUCACGCCCUUCUGCUUCCCAUCUCUGAUGACGGUGCUUCGACUGCUCUCGAACCUCUCGAAUGGCAGGAAGGUGCUGAAGGAGAGCUUGCCAUUGGAGGCUCUUGUGUUGGUCUCGGUUAUGUUGGACGCCCUGAUUUGACAUCACAGAAGUUCAUCGCCCACCCUCUAAGAACUGCCGAGUCAGAGAGAAUCUACCGCACUGGUGACCGUGUGCGACUUCAGGCCGAUCGCAAGAUCAUCUUCCUUGGCCGUAUCGAUACCCAAGUCAAGCACCGUGGAUUCCGUGUUGAGCUCGGCGAGAUUGAAUCACGACUUUACGACGUACCGGACGUGCAAGCCGCAGCUGUCAUCUUGGCCAAUGCUGGCACAGAAGCUGCUCGCCUUGAGGCUUUUGUGGUUCUCAAAGACGGAGCUCCCCGUGAUACCGCCAAGAUUCACUCGAUUGCCUUUGACAGUCUACCAGCAUACAUGCGUCCGGAGGAAGUGUUCUUCAUCGAAGCUAAUGAGAUGCCCCGACUGCCCAGCGGCAAGAUCAACGGAAAAGCCCUGCAAGAUGUUUCGAAGCGUAUCAAUGCCGAGAGGGCAGCUGCAAGAUCAAACAUUGAUGACGAUGCUAUCUCAUCAUCAUCUGCUUCUCUCGUCGAAAUGGAUGGUGUGCUGGGCUUGAUGCUGGCUACCCUGUCGCCAUUGUUCCCAGGAGCCCGCGUUCAGCCCACGAGCGACAUAUUUACCGACCUUGGUGGACACUCCCUGAUAGCAGCAAUCCUGAUUUCGCGACUGCGACAGGCAAAACUCGAUAAGGAUGACACACGUCCUUUUGCUUCCAUCGGACUUGCUGACAUCUACGAGCUCCGUACACCGGCCAAAAUUGCGACACGCUUUGAGGUUGUGGACAAGAGCAAGAAAUUCUCAAUUGACUUGCAAGAAGUCGACUCUCUCGACAGUGAAUUUGAAGGUACUGGCUCAUGGACCGGUGACUAUUUGCCUGUAUCGCAAACCAGAUACGUCCUCUGCGGUAUCGCCCAGAUCCUGCCGCUGCUGUUCAUCUUCUUCCUUCAAUCCAUCGAGAUCCUGGUUCCGUAUCUGUUGUUCGAUUUCCACGCAAUUGCUGGUCGCAUCGGCUACGCCAUCCUGACAGCUUAUGGCGUCUUCGUGGUGAUCCCGCCUGCUUUGAGCCUGGUAGCUAUUGUAGGCAAGUGGUUGAUCCUUGGCAAGUCACAACCCGGCGAGUAUCCUCUUUACGGGUUCUACUACUUCCGUUGGUGGUUCGCGGAUCGUCUGGUUUCACUGGCCAACCCAAAGCUGAUGGCCGACUCUGGACUGUAUCCGAUCUUCCUUCGAGCUUGCGGUGCCAAGGUUGGACAGUUCUGUCAUCUUGGGCCUCUUCAGGUCGGACCAUGCGCUGAUCUCGUUGAGAUCGGAGACGAUGUCGUGAUUGGUGGCGAUGUUGUUCUAGGUACCUGUGUGGUCGAGAGAGGACGCUUGAUUCUCAGGCGUGUUGUCAUCGAAAACGGUGCGACCAUCGGAUCGCGCUGUGUUGUUGAAGGUGGUGCCAUCGUCAGUGAGGAAGCAGAUGUUGCAUCGCUCUCCCUGGUACCCUCUGGCAUGAUUGUGCCCAGUUUCCACAAAUACCAUGGAUCACCCGCACGUCUCGACAAGGUGAAGAAUGCUGAAGAUUCUCCUCGGCCACAAGAUACCAGACCUUCGAACGCUCGAGCGACAGCCAUGCUUGUUGGCAACUCGAUUAUCGCGUUCCUGGUUCUCCCUCUGCUCUACUUCGUGCCUCAGAUUCCAGGCUUGAUGCUCUUUGAUGUUCUCGACAUUCGCGGUGUCAACGGUUGGGGACAAGUCGCCAUCCUCUCUGUGCCAAUUGCUUUCGCGUACCAAAUCUUGGUCUUCCUGCAAUUGCUAUUGUACCGCUACAUCUUCCUUGGACGCCUUGAAGAAGGUACCUACAGCACCUACAGUGUGUUCUACCUUCGCAAGUGGUUUAACGAGAGACUCAUGGAUCUUGCUUUGGAUGUACUGCAUCCUGUCUUCGCUACACUCUACAUUGUUCCCUUCCUCAGAGCUCUCGGUACCAAGAUCGGUAAACGCGCCGAAGUUUCGACAGCUCGCAGCGUCAACUUUGGUCUGCUCGAAAUCGGUGAAGAGAGCUUCGUAGCUGACGCAGUGAUCAUGGGAGAAGGUGUCAUCAGGAACAACCAACUGACCCUCAAGAAGACAAAACUCGAACCUCGUGCUUUCGCUGGCAAUGCUUCAGUACUUCCUCAGGGCACUACUCUGGCUUCUGGUACUUUGCUUGGUGUUCUUUCUAUUGCUCCACCGCCAGACACCCAAAUGGCCAACAACAGCUCAUGCUUCGGUUCUCCACCAGUACUGAUGCCUAAUCGUCAGCGUACCGAAGGUCACGAGGAUAGUCUUCUCUUCCGACCAUCGGCAGGUCGCAUCGCUACAAGACUGCUUAUCGAAGGUCUUCGCAUCGUCGUACCACGUGCAGUCAUCAUUUUCGGCCUGGGCUUCGGAUUGCAACUAGCUCACGAUGGAUACCACAAGAUCGGCGCAGUCUACACAUUGCUCAUGCUGCCCUUGUUCUACGUUUCGCUAUUCGCAGCACCAGCCUUGUUGUUCACAGCUCUUCUCAAGUGGCUCCUCGUUGGUCAAUACAAGCCAGCCGAAUGGCCACUUUGGAGUCUCAACGUCUGGCUCAGUGAAGCCGUGACCAGCACUUGGGAAACUCUGUGCGAGCCACUUCUCGCAGCACAAUUGGUCGGUACUCCAUACAUCAACAUGUGCUUCCGCCUCAUGGGUGUCACCAUUGGUUCAAGGGUCACCAUGUUGUCCUCCGACAUUACCGAGUACGACUGCGUCACAAUCGGUGACGAGGCCAACAUCAAUAGGGCUUGCGGUGCUCAAACCCAUUUGUUCGAAGAUCGCGUCAUGAAGGUCGGCAACGUGAAGCUUGGAAACAGAGCCUGUCUGAAGCCAUUCUCCGUCUGUCUUCCUGGUAGUACCAUUGAAGAUGAAGGUCAGCUGGGCAGUUUGAGUUUGCUUAUGAAGGGAGAGGUUUUGCCUAGAGGCACUGCAUGGGAAGGUGCUCCUGUCGUCCCUCGCGCGAGGAGAUAG